AUGGCUUCAGAGGACCCCAACGUCAAGGCUGUACAGGUCAAGCUUGUCCUUCUCGGCGAAGCGGCCGUCGGCAAGUCGUCGCUCGUCCUGCGCUUCGUACAGAACGACUUUAAUGAGAACACGUCACCAACUAUCGGUGCCGCCUUCCUCACACAGAAAUGCCGCCUGGAGAACCGCGUUGUUAAGUUUGAGAUCUGGGACACGGCCGGCCAAGAACGCUUCCACUCUCUCGCGCCGAUGUACUACCGCAACGCUGCCGCCGCAGUUGUCGUCUACGACAUCACCAAGGCGGCCAGCCUCGAGAAGGCAAAGGCGUGGGUCAAGGAACUGCAGCGGCAGGCCAACCCCAACAUUGUGAUUGCGCUGGUCGGCAACAAGCUCGACCUCGUCGACAGCGACGAGGCGGCACCGCCCGCGGACGAGGAGGCCGAGGAGGAAGCGCCGGUCGACGGGCCACGCCAGGUGCCUACUGCCGAGGCUGAAGCGUAUGCGAAGGAGUGUGGCCUUCUCUUCUUCGAGGCGUCGGCCAAGACGGGCACCAACGUCCAGGAUGUGUUCACCGAGAUUGCCAAGGCUAUUCCCCUCGACACUAUCGCGCCCAAGCCGGCAGCGGGCGGCGCACAGGGCCGCCGCUCUGCAGCCAACGCCGCGGCCGGCGAGAACGCACGCGUCGACCUCGGCGAGGGCCAGGCAGCCAAGAAGGGCGGGUGCUGCUAG